AUGGCUGUUCCCGCCUUCACGGAGUUGAGUCAUAACAAGGUUGUGGGACUUCCAGAUGGGAAUGUUUUUAGUUGGUGCCCUCAAAUGGACCUACUAGCUAUAUCCAUGAAUAAGACUUCAAUUUGGAUAUUUCGUGUCGAUGGUGAAAGAGUAUACUCUAUCAAUAAUAAAGCACAAAUAUUGGACUUUGCAUGGAGUCAGAACGGAAAAUAUUUUGUUUGCUCCGGUGCUGAUCGCUUGAUAAAUGUGUUCGACUCAAAUACCGGUGCCAAUAUCAGUUCCUUUCCAACUCAUAAUGAACUUCCCAUAUCGUUAAUGACUUGGCACUCUAUAACAAAUUCAAACUCAGGCGAAAAGCCAUUUAAUCACUCUCUUGCAAUUGAUUUGUCCAAUUUGGAUAUUCUCAAGGCACUUCCUAAAUUGAGUUUCGAAUGUGAAACAGUGGAAACACAACAUGGAACAAGUUCCUUGCAUAAACGGACUGAGCUGUCGAAAUCCACCUAUACUAAAGAGACUGGUACUGAGCUAGAUUUGAUUCUUGUCAUCAACGACAAUACAAGCAUGUCUUUGAUUUUUUGCAAUUCGUUUGUGGUCGCUCAGAUACCUCUACCGCCCAAAUACGUAUACCUCAAACAUGGCAUGCCUGGCCAUUUUCUUUCUCAAAAAUUUAUUGUACGGGACGAAGAAAAAAAAUUGUACAUGUUGGAGGGUGAUCUCGAAAUUCAAAGCCACUUCCAACGUCAGAAUUUUCUACGAGUUAUCGAAUUAAUGGUGCAAAUGAUCUCAAUUUCUCAUCACAUAAGGGAACAUUUGGGUCUCAUAUCGAAGUGCGCUGCUGAUUUCACUAUUCUUUUUGAUCGUUAUCUCUCAAAUUAUAAGGAUUCUCUUGGAGUUAGUCCCAAUGACUCGGAUCCAGCUGGCUUGGAUUCGAGAAGUGAAGAAAUGAUUUUAGAUUUGAGCGACAUGCUCUUAACCGGCCUUAUACCCGAGAGGACGAGGGAUUAUUGGCAGAAUCAAUUUGGUGUCAGGGGCUUAGCUCGUCUCUCAAGUGUUGGUAACAACGCGUACGACUUUACUCGUGACACUAUUUAUGCACAAAUUAUUCUCGCAGCCGAGAAACUUAUUAUUAUUUUAAGUGACCUCCGAGCGAUAGCUCAAUCCGAGCAAUUUGCGCGUCACAAUUGCUUCGGUGUCCUUGACGACGUGGCAGAUAGGGCCAUUGAGUACCUCAAAAAUUUCAUUAAAACUGUCAUAGACUUUGUUUGGAAGUUAAAUGAUGAGCAGGAGCUAUUCAAUAAAUUUUUGAAUUGGUGCGAGAUCGAGGUCAUCGAAAAAUUGGCAAAGCAUGAUUCUGACCUGGAGGAAUUUUUCAGAUUACAUCAAACGCUUGAUUUCAAUGUGUCUGAUCUCAUACAAUAUUUUGAUUCGUCUUUGCUUUCUCCUGCAUUCCUGAGAGGUUUUGUAUUGGAAUGCCCCAACAACGAAGUAAUCCAAUGCUCAAUAUCAUCGAAACAAGCAAUCGAGCACCACUUCAACGAAUUCCUUGCUGAAUCAGUUCGUUUGCGAGCAGGACUUGAGAAAUUUAUCGCUGGGGCAUUCAAAUUCAAGGAGAAAACUUAUUUAACUACUGCCAAACCAGAAUCAGUCGUCAGGUGCACUUUCACGAAGGACACUGACUUUAUCUCAGUGAGUGAUUCAAAAUCCCUUCAAGUAGUUGAGCUUUCUCAUGAUUCAAAAAAGCAUUGUACAAUUGAGUUUCGGGAUGAGCUCAUCUUAAAUGCUUCAUUCAACACCCGCAACUUAUUCGUUCUACAGAGAAGCGCCGCAGACCAAUUUUGUCUAGAUGAAAUUGAAAUCGAUUGGACCCGGAAAAAAUACUUUUACGAUACAACGAAAAAGGUCAAGUCCUCUGUCUAUUCCACUACUUCAUUCACCCCGCAACCGACGUUUUUGCAUAUCAAUGGCUCCUACUCCAGCUCAGAGUCCUUAGGGUUCUUGGUUGAUUCGACAAAGCGAAAAUAUUCAGUGAUAGUAAUCUAG